GAAGAAGAAGAAGAAGAAGAAGAACAAGAAGUUGUAAAGAUGGCGGAGAAAAGUAGCACAGACCAAACCGGCGAUGACAGCGUAGAUAAAAAUGUUGCUCCCGGAGGAUCUAUGAUCGUCGUCAACAUCAAAACCCCCAAUGGAAAAGAGGAAAUUUCGAUUUCGGAGGAUUCUUCUGUCGCCCAGUUUAAACAGGAGGUAUCCAAAAAGUUCGAGGCCAAGCAGGACCAGCUGGUGUUGAUAUUUGCCGGAAAGAUUCUGAAGGAUGGUGACACUUUAAACCAGCAUGGUAUCAAAGAUGGGUUGACUGUUCAUCUUGUUAUCAAGACUGCCCAGAAAUCAACAGGUGGCAGUACAUCUCAGACCAGUCCCAGUUCUGCACUACCUCCAAGUUACAGCAGCAGCACCUCCAGCGCCACUGUAGCAGACAGAGCAGCGGGUGGCACAACUCCGACACCAACACUACCUGCUAAUGCAAUGGGUGGACUUGGUGACCUGUCUGGCCUGUUAGGUCUAGGCAUGGGUUCAUCCAACUUAAUGGAGAUGCAGCAGCAGGUGCAAAGUCAGCUGAUGUCCAACCCACAGAUGCUCACGCAGAUUAUGGGGAACCCGCUUGUCCAGAACGUGAUGUCCAACCCUGACUUGAUGAGACAGAUGUUUGCAGGCAACCCGCAGAUGCAGCAGCUCAUGCAGCAGAAUCCGGAUGUCUCCCGUGUGUUAAACAACCCUGAGCUCAUGAGACAGAUGCAGAAUCCAGAAACAAUGUCCAUGAUGACCAACCCCAGAGCCAUGCAGGCCCUCAUACAGAUCCAACAGGGCCUGCAGACCUUACAGACAGAAGCCCCGGGAUUCAUGUCCAGAUCCCCUUUAGGUCUCUCAGUUCCUCCAGCCACAGGGGGCAGCAUCCCUCCAGCAAACCCUCCCCCACCAGCCAUGGCAACAGGACCCAGCCCAUUCUCGGCCACCAGUCCCUCUCAGCAGCAGCUCAUGCAGCAGAUGUUACAGAUGUUUGCAGGCGGAGGGCCAUCACUUCAGACCCCGGAGGUUCGUUUCCAGCAGCAGCUCGACCAGCUCAGCGCCAUGGGCUUUAUCAACCGCGAAGCCAACCUGCAGGCGCUCAUCGCCACGGGAGGGGACGUCAACGCCGCCAUUGAAAGACUGCUAGCCUAACUCACUCAGUUCAUUCUGGGGGUGAGGGUAGGAAAACUGGUGGAGUUGGUGACUGGCAUCGGAGAUUUUUUUUUUCUUUUUUCUUUUUUUAAUUAAUAACACAGUCAUCAAAUGCAAGUCUGACCUGACACCCAGAUACUCAGUGGUAUUCCAAUCACCUGUUAUCUCUUCAGCUGAUCUGUACAUCAUAGGAAGGAGGUUGGGAAAUCAUGGCGGGAGACGUUGUGGAAGGAUGUUGCUGGUUUCCAACAGAAUUGGUCCUGUACUAAAUGCCGUUGCAAUACUGCUACUGUGAAAUGACGCCACGACUAUCACUGCCGUGACCACCGAGUUACUCCUGCCAGUGCGGCCGGUGAUGAUUUCUGACAUGACAAGUGCUCAUUCACUGGAUGUCUACAUUAUGUUACCAAGGAAUUAACUUUUAAUAGUUACUUAUUUUCACAUUAUUUAAUUUGAACAGAUUGUAUUUAGGUGGUUUUUAAAAAAAUGUUUAAAAAAAAAGUUGUGAAUCCGGAUGUUGUUGCAGUAGGUUGGAUGAUGGACUUCAGCACUCUGGGUCAUGAGAACCAGCUUAUUACUUUUUUUCCCCUUCUCCACCCUCUUGCCUGGUUGACUGGUAUUUAUUUAAGUUAUCUCUUCACUUAAGUUUUUUUACCCUGACAGGUUCUUGACUCUUUCUAUUUCCUCUCACAAGGUUUCUCUGAAUUGUACGGAUUCUUGUUGGUAUGGCACUGCUGCCUAAAUGGUUUAGGAGGAGGAGGAGAAGGUGAAGGUUUUUUGGUUGUAGGACCAAGACUAUAACGUGUGUGUGGAUAAGGGGUUGGACAAUGUGACUUUAUAUACAAGAGACAAUUAUAUUGAGACAAUAGAGACUUUUCAUCUGGUAGAAGGUUUGCUAUGUUGAGGUAGAUAUCCCUCUUUGUAAUACCUCUGGUUGUAUUGCCUGAGAUAUUGGAUUUACGGGAUCUCCCUUGAAUACAUUUGUCAGGAUUUUCAUUUGCAGAAUUAACCAAAACUAUUGUUCACCUUUUUAAAAAUAACGUACCGAAUAAAGGAUUUUAUUCAUAUCACCCACCCCUUUAGACCAUGUCAUUAGAAAUAACUUUCUUAGCAAAAGGUUUGAAUCAAGUUGAUUUUCUGUCGACUAACAGUAAAUAAACAAGAAGCCAUUUGGAUUUUUUUGUUCUAAAUUAUAAAAUGGUCUAUAUGAAGUGAUUAAUUGUGGUUAUUGAUUAUUCAAAAGAAAUUGAAAAGCUAUUUGGGAAUUGUUUUUAAAGUAAAAUCAAACUCUUUCACAGUAACACUGUUGUGAAUUUCCAUACAAGCAGUGUGUUGCCUGAAUAUAAUGUUGGGCUCUGCACUAUAUUGCAAGUUAUCUAGGAAAUCUAUUGUUUUACCUAUGGAGAGAUGAAUAGUCUUUUUUUAUCUUAAACCAAUAAAUUAUUUGCAAUGUUUGUCUUGUCUAUUGUAAAUGUGUGUGGAUAAUUUAUUUUGGCAAUGCAAUUUGAUAGUUGUAUUAUGCUGAAUUUAAUCCUUGAUUCAGAUUUCCAUUUGUCCUUGCAGUGUGUUUUUGCCUAUAACCUAUGACACAUUGUUCACUUCUUCCAGUGAUAUCUGAAAGGUCUUACAAGUAUGUUACUCUUACUAAUUAUUAAAUGAAAAUUUAAAUAA